CAAAAUCAAAACAGUCAACACAAAAAGAAAACAAAGGCUGUCGUGGGAGGUUGUUCUCUUUGUGAAAACUUGAAAAACUCGAUAAUUUUCCUUCGAAAGUGCGUUAUUUCGUCCUAGUUACAGUUUAAUCGUGUUGUGAAUUUGUUUAGCGUGAAUAUGACGACUCGAAAAAUGAACACCAUCGAAGAUCUGAGCGAAUCAUGGGUGGAACUCAACAACGGCGGUGGCCUGGCCGCCGUGGAGAACGAGUACAUCAGACUGCUGCGGGAGGCGCAGAGGGAGAGCCGGGACUCCUCCGUGAGGCACUCUAGGGCCUCCAGCGUAAAAGGCAGCCCCAAAUCACCGCCCAACAGUCCAAACCUGGAGCCUUCUACCGAAGACGAAAUGAAAGGAGUAUACAUCAACCAUUGGAGAGAAGACUCCAACGACUGGGUUUGGGAGUGGAGCAGUAGGCCAGACCAGCUUCCACCCAAGGACUGGCGGUUUAAGCACCCGACGACGAGUGCGCGCGGUCCACCGUCAGCCACCUCCUCCAUCGAGGUGCUAGAUCAGCAACCCACGCAACAGGGCCACUGCCUGUCCGUCCGUCGUUCCUGCCUGUUCAGUCGGGGCGCCAUCGCCGCCGUGCUGCUCACCAACGUCGUCUCACUACUGCUCGGCGCUGGGAUCGGAAUGUGGCUGAGCAAACGUGGCAUCCUCCCGCCCAGACUGAUUGUAAUCAACUAAAGCUCAAGACUGAGGCUCGAACGCUGCAAGUAAAUAAAAUAUUUACAUUACAAACAUAUUACUGUAUACUUCUAUAUAUACUAGCUACUCUCACUAUUCGGCUCCUAUAGAUAGCCUUCCACGAUAAAUGCAACGGAUCUAGAAUUGGAACUUAAAACGGGAUAUUUACCACGUUUUUCAAUAUGAGUAUAUAUUCCAUGAUCACGGAUAAACAGUUUACCCAUGAUCAUGGCGCUUGCAACAGUACCGAAAUACAUGGUAAAUAUCCCGUUUUAAAUUCCAAUUAUAGUGUUAGUGACCAUGUCAGUUUAAAAACAUAUAAUGCAACGGGUGUUUCUUCAAAAAUCUUUAACAAUUUUAUUUAAGUCUUUCUGCCACACUCAGAGUAAUUUAAUGGUUACUUAAACCAGUCUUUAGCAAUUGUUUUCGAUUGUUAAGGACCGGGUUAAGGUUUCGGUGUUUUCAUGUUUGUAUCUACUGUAGAUCCUAGCUUACAGGAGUUGCAGCGGUAUGGGAGGUUGUGGCGGACUUGUCCCUAAAAAAAAACAAAUUGUUUUCGAUACAAAAUCGUCACUAAAGAAUAAUUUAAGUAAUCGUAAGUGACGCUUUUAACUUUUUGUGAUUAUUUUGAAGAAUCACCCGACUAUAAGAAAAAGAAUUAUCAAAUUCAAACCAGUAGUUUUGGAGAUUGGCGCGUUCAAACCAACGUCAGUUUUAUAAUAUGUUUGUUAAAAUGUGAUAUUGUUAUUUAUACAAUGCAGGUUUUGUUUUUAGUAUAUAUAGCUAAUUGUGACAUGUAUAGAAAAGAAAUUUAAUACAGUUUUAACACGCUUUUAGUAGGUCUACUUGUACCGAACUAUGUAAUAAAAUCUAAGAAUCUGAAUUAUACGCACCUGUGACUCCUCUGGUGUUGCGGGUGUCCAUGGGCGGCGCUGAUCGCUUACCAUCAGGUGACUCGUCUGCUCGUUUGCCACCUAUUCCAUAAAAAAGCGUGUUUAUAGGUUUUUUUAUGAAUAUUAUAUCACAAUUACCUAUAUAUAAUAUUUCGUGUUAGUUUUUAGAAAUGUAAUACUGUUUAUAAUGGAUGAUUCGUUAGCAAAGGUUAAGCAGACGCUGUCGAGGUUUGGAAAUUGAUUGGUGGG